AUGGAUCGAGAAGCGAUUCAUUUAAAGAUCAAGAGAACAGGAGCUACAAAACGAAACUGCAAUCAUCCAUUGUGUGGAAUAACAACUAGAUUGGCCACGAUUCCAAAAGAGAUACGAUAUCGAAUUGCUGUAGAUUACAAGGUUUAUAUUCCAUCCAGUUCUGUGGCAUGCGGUAAUCAUAUUCAAAGUGAAUCAUGGAUGAACGUAAAUGCGAUCAUAACAUCGGAGGAGUCAAAAUUCACUAAACAACAUCUUGAAGAAAUGUUUAGCUUGUUAUCAAAUCCCCCGGCCAAAACAAUUAUUUCAAAAGAGUCAUGCACUGGUGAAGAAGAAAUGAAACUUCUAAGUGGACACACUAAGCAUGAUUUCAAAAUGUUACUAAAUGAAUUGCCUGAUCUUUUUGAAGAACUCAAGUCAAAUGAUAAAGCCAGUGAUGCACUGUUUAUUUAUUUGAUGAGAUUACGUACUGGCCGGUCUUAUCAAGAAGUCGGAUUUCACUUUGACGUGUCGAGAAGAACGGUUCAACGGCGAUGCAACUUGGUGAGAGAUGUUUUAAAACGAGUAAUCGUUCCUCGUUACAUCAAUUUUGAAAUGAGCCGAGCAGAAUUAUUGUCACACAAAUCUGAAACAAGCCACAUAUUGUUUGAUGACGAUGACUUUAAUGGUGCACAUUUAAUACUUGACGGGACAUACAUUUAUCUCGAAAAAAGCACGAAUCACAAAUUCCAAAAAGAUACUUACAAUGCACACAAAAUGCGGAAUUACCUAAAAAUAAUGAUGGGUGUGUUGACAGAUGGCCGAAUUUUAUUUGUGCUUGGUCCAUUUAAGGCGACAGAAAAUGAUGCCAAAAUCACUGAAAAAAUUUUCAGGCCACAGCAAUUAACGUCAUCACUAAUAUCGCUUCAACCUGAAGAUGUUUUCAUUGUAGAUCGAGGAUUUCGCGAUUGUGAAACAACUCUAAUAAAUCUCGGUUAUAUAGUCAAAAUGCCUACAUGCAAUGAACACACUAAAUUGACCACAAAAAAUGCAAACGAAUCACGUCUGGUGACAAGAGUACGCUACAAUGUCGAACGUGUGAAUGGUGUUAUGAAGAAUGUUUGGCGAAUAUUUUCAAAUACGAUUGAUAUUCACUACAUUCCAAAGAUAAUGACUGACUUCGAGAUCGGAGCGGCAUUAUUAAAUAAAAGAGCGAAUUAUGUGCAGGAUUCAACGACAACAAUUGAAAUGGCCAGGGAAUUGAAACUUCGACUAAAUCAACCGAACCUUCUGAGCACUAUUGUUGAAUUGCCACAGCUCGAACGUUUAAUAAAAACGAAGUCGUAUGCAAUAGUCGAUGAUUUUGAGACCUAUCCACGAUUCACUUUUGCAGAUUUACAAAUGAUAUCAUUCGGUCCAUAUCAAGUACAACAAGCACGAUGCUAUUUAUCAAACCAUUUAUAUGAACAUGAUAACGAAUUGUUGAUUGUGAGUUUCUUGAGAGAAGAUGUGAAGAAUUUGUGCAACCGUUUACUUAACGAAAAUAUGGAUCCAUUGCUGCUGAUGGCAAAUUUAAAAUCGCGUUUUGUGUCACAAAGCGUGUAUAGAACUUUCGUGCUAAUGGACAAGAAAAUAGGUAAUUAUCAACAUAAUUAUCGCUCUGUUUUGGCAUAUACUUGCUCAUGUAAGGCUGGAAAUCGGACUGCAGGCUGCUGUUCACAUGUCAUGUCUCUUUUAUAUUAUGUUACUUACGCAAGAAAUGGAGUAAAAGAAGUAUCCAGACAUUUGAAAAACUUUUUUGAUGAUAACGAUAUCGUAAUCGACGCAAUCGAAGAUGAAUUCAUUGAAGGUGAUUCAGAUGCCGAUAUUUAG